GCAGUUAGGAAGCAAGGCGAAAGUACAUACCUACGCGAGGGCCAGGAAGAAGCUCAAGGCAUCAUGAUUCCUCGUGUGCUUGGUUUCAUUGCGUGUGGAGCCUGCGCCGCUUCCGCCUUCGUUGCCCCCUCCGUGCUUCGAUCACAGCAGCAGCAUGGCGAUAGAGCUUCACGACACAGCAGCCGAAGCAGCUCCGUGGGCCAUCGCCGGCAGGCGAUGUCGAUAGGAGGGGAGCCGCAGUCCCGCCGAGACGUCAUUGCAGGGGUGGGAAAGUCGGUGGCGGCUGUCGUAGGCGUGACGACGCUAGGGUCGGCCUUAGUCCCGGACGAAGCCGCGGCGUUCGGGCCUAUCAAGAUGGAGCUCACGGAGCCGGAGUACGCCUCGGUCGUGUGCCCGCCAAAAACGCAGGUCCCAGGGGAAAAGGCGGGAGCGGGGCUUAAGCCAGUCUGCGUAAAGGUGACGGUUACGGCGAACAACCCUAGCCCGAAGGAGGUGGUGGACGCGGCGGUCUUCGGGUUCGUGUUCGACGAGGAUUCGACGUCGGUGGUGGCAAACAACCCCGAUGGCGCAUCUGACGCCGGCCAGUUCGCCAUCAUCGACAAGAUUCCCAAGGGCAGCAGCCGGGUCUCCUUCCAGUUUGUGGCGGCCAUCGAGCCCGACGAGGAUUUCAGCCUGAAAAAGCUCAAGUUCAAGUCCCUGAAGGCAAUUUCGUACGCGGGGGGGCAGCAGUACGGCGCGAUCACGGAGUGCGAGAUGAACCCUCUGGCAGCAGAGUGCGACUUCGACUAGAAUCCCAGCCGGCGUUUUGUUCGUUUCGAACGGGUUGGCUUCGUUCAUAGUAUCAUCGCCACAUCUCAACUACAGCACGGUAGAUCGUGGAUGAGCGUAUAUUAGAUCGGACGUUACA